UGAUCUGCUAGUUCUAAAAUUCAAGAUGAAUCACUGCAAAUUGCUCUGGCCUGGAGUUCCAGUAGCUAUGCCUGGGUAGAGUAUUUCAAUGGACUGUGAAGAAAGAGAAAUUCUUAUUAAGAUGAUUCUAUGGGAGGGCUGGUAUUUAAGGAACAUAAUCAGCUGAAACUAUCCCAUGGCAGAAAAUUCUGACUAAGCAGGCCAGAUGAGAUGGCUAUAAUCUCCAGACCUAAACUGGGCAGGGAUACUGAAGGUAUUUAAUACAGGAAUGUGCUUUCCAGCAGCAUCCACCCUGUCUUUUCUUUGUUAAAAACAAAGCUGGAGUCCGGUGUCUUUGGUGCUUGUGGUAGCUAGAAAACAGAACAAAAAUCCCCCAAGUUCCUGUAAUGAUGAAAAUAAUAUUGAAAAUGUCGUAGCAGAAGCAUCAGCUUCUUCACUUUGACAUAGCUGAGUCCUGUUUGAAGGGGAGCACCUCAUGCUUCAGGCUCUUUGUUAAUUAGUUGAAGGCUUAGAAACCAGCUCCUCAGUUUUCUAUUGGAUUCCUAUACUUGCAACAGCGUAAAAAUGAGAUGUAGACUCUAAAUUGUUUUAUUCUGGAGAUUUGAGUAAGUGUGAGACCUAUUUUGUUGUCAUAUGUUGUAGUUUCUUUAGUUCUCUGUAGAUCUCUUGAGUUUGAUUCCAAGACUUGGAGUGGACUUGACCAAAGACAGGAAAUGUACUUGGCUAAAGAAGCUGCGUUUUGAUGAAUCUCUAACUUUUGUGUCCUUCAAAGCAUAGAACUAGAAAUCCAGAACUUCCAUAACUUGUCUCCUGGCAAAACAUUUCUAACCACCCAAGACCCUACAGGGGCUGUCAUUGCAGAGUCUGAGCAAGAGCCCUCUGUCCCAGAGGAGAGGUAAGCAGGAAGCCUGUUCCUGGAAGUCUCGUGGGGAAUCUGGGCUCAGGACUACUCACUACUCUUACCAAGAAAAUUUCUGCCUUCAGUCUGGGUAUAAGAAGAUUCCAAGGAACUGUUACUAGGUCAGGAUAUGGUGCCUUUGAAAUAGUGCUGUAGAGGCAAUAGAUUGUCUCGAGCUCUUCCUGCUCUUAGCCUGCUCUGUUAAAGAGGAAAGGUUUGUGCUGUCAUACUGUUCUCAGUCCUGCUGUCCUUUUCCACACAACAUUUUUAACUUGCAAAAAGCACUGGCCAGAUUUGAAAAGAAUGUGGAUCUAGUAAAGCAAUUGCAUUGUUGCUUUCUUUAGGAAAUGUCAGUCAUAGAAACAAACAAAAGCUUCCAGCUGGGGAGAGUGUUGGAUUCUUGCUGAACACCAGAGGUUCUCUUAUUGGAGAGCUGUGACUUAACAUCACAAAGAGUUUCAACAGCCAUUCCUAACCUUCAGCUAGCCCUCGACCACUUGAGGGACAUACAAAAGUUACUGAUGUUUAGAAACACCCUACUUCAGGUGAAUGUGCUCUCUUUUGAAGCAGAAAUGGCUCUUCUUUUCUUUGCAACACAGAAAUACUUAAGAACUAGAAGUUUAAAUGAGUAAUAUACAGAAGUAAAUAGUCCAUCUUCAUUGUUGGCCAGAGUCUUCUGAAUAAAGGGUUAGAAAACCAGUACGUCUGAAAGGUUUCAAGUUUCUGAUUUUCAAUGUGCCUUGGUGCUGUUAAAGAUACACAGAUCCUUCAGAUUAGCAAAAUUACCUGCUUAUAUUUUUGAGAGGAAGCUUUCAAAUGUGGAUGUUCAAAAAUAAGGGGAUAAUAGGUGAUUAAAUUACAGUAAAAAAGCUCCCAAUUUAGAGGCAAGUACUUAAUUUUGGGGCUACAUUUCUAGCUGAAACUGCAGGGAUCACAGUGCUCUUGGCAUGGGCGCAUAGACAGCUGAGCACUCUGGGUUAGAUGGGAUUUACUCCUCCAGUUAUCUGAAAUUAUGGUUUUGUACAUGUGGUUCUUCGGGAAAUGGCCCAAACAAGCUGUAUGGCCAGCUGCAACCACAAACAUUUCCUGCUGUUUGUGUCCAGCCAGAGGUGUUGGAGUGGACAGGACUCUUUAUUAUCUGGAAAUUUAAGAGUUGACUUGUUUUAAUGGCAUGAGAAGUCACACGUCUCUGUCACUUCAUUUUCGUCAAUGCUAUCUCCAACCUCAGUUUCAGUAUUGACCUUUGGUGCUUGUGGUAGUUAAAAACAGAACAAAAAACCCCACCUUCCUCUAAAUGUUGAAAAUGGCAUUGAAAUUGUAGCAGAAGCAUCAACUUCUUUACUUUGACUUGACUGUCAAGUUAAGAUGCCUGUUGGAAGGGGAAUGCCUCAUGCUUUAGGCUCUUUGUUCAUUAGUUGAAGACUUAGAAGCCAGCUUCUCAGAGUUGUCUGUUGGAUUCCUUUACUUGCAACAGCUUAAAAAUGAGAUGUAGACUCGAAAUCGUUUUAUUCUGUGGAUUUGAGUAAGUUUGAGACCUAUUUUCCUGUCAUAUGUUGUAGUUUCUUUAGUUCUCUGUAGAUCUCUUGAGCUUGAUUCCAAGGCUUGGAGUGGACUUGGCCAAAACCAGGUUAUGAAUAAGACAUGGUCAUAGAGCACUAAAGGCAAGUGGGAGAAGGGUAGGUUACAACAGAGGUGUCUCUCUAAUCCCACAGACAUGGCACAAGUCAGUCGAAGUAGCAUAAAUGUAUCCGAGUGGUUGGCAUUGCAGGAUGGGAGUUACCCAAACCCAGUCAUGGUAACCCUGUACUCUCAGGAGGUAAAGCUCUACCUGCUUCCUUCCACUUGUCAAAAAAACACCCAACCUUAACAACCACACAAACAAACCAAACCAGAUUCUCCCCCAUCCCCAUCAUCUGUUAGUUAUUUGGACAAGCAUUUUAAAAUUUUCAAGAAGUUUACAACAAUUUCUGAUUCUGUUGCUGCUGUUACCUUUGUCCAUUUUGCCCUCCUGUAUCCUGAUUUUUUUAAUGUAAAACUUGUAUGUUAUUGGCAACAGAAUUACAGGUUUUGCUUGUAAGCUUCCCUGGAGCAUGUGUUUCUGUGAAUCACCUGUUACAUACAGAGGAAGCACAAGCAAUUUGAAAAAUUUUAAAUUACAAUCAGAUUUACAUAAAUACUUGCUACAGGGCAGUAUUUUUUGUGUAAAAUGCUUGGUCUGGCUACUGAUGGAAUGUGCUUUUUCUCACUGAGCAAGCCAGUAUCACCUUGGUUAAAUAUGGUGGCUGUCUUAAAAGAUAAAUACAGUAAACUCUGUUGGUUUUGGUCUUAUGAGGUUACAAUAAAUCAUUGAAGCUGAAUGACAGUUCCAAGAGCCUUCUGAAAUCUUAACCUGAACGGCAGUAAACUUUUGAACUUGAAACUUGUUUGGGACUUUCUGAUUGAAAAAGGUACUUUUUAUUUUAAGCCCAGUGGAAAACAACUUGAGUCAUAGCAGUAGCUUGUUAUAUAAAAUGAGGAAAAAUAGAUAUUUUAGGCAAAACGAAGUAGGGAUCCUGCUACAUCAUACGUUAUGAAUGGAGUUGAAAUUUUCCAAGAAGUUACCAUUGUCUGCAUUAAUGAAACUGGUUUUCCUGGUUUUGUUCUCCCUGUUCUGUGGUCAGAUGGAGUGCUUGCUACAGUGGCAUCAUUUUGAGGAAGUAGGAAAGGUGGUCAUUUUGGCAAGCAUGUAGAAAUAUCUCUUUUAAAGGUAGUGGCUUUCUGCCAAUCUGAAUACAGGAUUGCCUGUCAUUAACUGAGCUGGCACUCUAGUAGGACCUGCUAAAUUAGUGAUGUAGGCUUUUGGGGUGAGCAGCUGUCUCCAAGUCAAAAUUUUCAGUGUCUCCAACAGGGAAAGAAUUUCACUGGCAGAAAACAUCCAGAUUUUGCCUAAUAUUAAAAAUUUGUAAUUAAGUCAGGAGCAUAGCUUAUACUGUUGAGAGAGCUUGGCUUGAAGGUCUGACCUGAGCCUUCCUGAAGGGAGUAGGGGAAUACUCUCACUUGAGACAGGAUGGAGAACAUAUUAGUUCCACAACUAUUAAUAAUAUUACUGGAAAUAGACCUACAUCUGAUUUAGCACUUGCUUUAUUCUGACUGUGUUGUGCUGGUUACGGGCUAAAGAAUUUUCACAGCGUUCCUAUGGCCACAUGUUUGUUUGGUAGACAGCAGGUGAACUUUUCAGACGAGGAAGAGGGUGAUAAUGCUUUUCUCUUGUGCUGAUGCAAUACCAACUGUUUCCUUUAGCAAAGCAAAUAUCUCACUGAGGUGUGUAGUCCAAAAUACCUGAGGUGUUCCACAGAACCAGUUUCAAGAGAAUGUUUUUUCCGUGCAGGAGUCUAGCACCAUCAGGAAAGUGGUUUUGCAUGGGGAGCCUUCUUCAGAAUCAUGCUUGGUCUCCAUAGUCUCCAGGAGCUGCUGCAGCAAAGCUGCCCCACUUUGAGGUUGGUAGUGAUUCUUUCUGGUGAAGGUCUAGUUGUUUCACAAACCAAUAACCUCAGUCCUCAGCACUGAAACAUCCAUUAGUGGGGAGGUCUUCCCCUCUAGGGGAAGAAAACUUCUCCUAGUGCAGCUCUUUCCCUCUAGAGCAUAACAGUGGCCUAGAGCAGAAAUAAAUCUGUGCUGGGAAAAUUCAGCAUGCUUGUCAGCUCAAGCGAGCACAGCUGAGAAAGGAAAUGUGUUUGAAACCACAGCCUUUGGUGCUUAAAUGUGUGUCUAUGCUGGUGAGUGAAAGGGUGUGAGAUCAUCUGAGAAGUUAAAUAUGCUCCUUUAUUUCUCAUGGUCUUCUCUCUGGUAGCAGGUGAUCACCUAGGUAAGCGGGUUUCAGGAAUUGGCUGAAGGUCUUCCUGGCUGCCUAUGAUUUGGAGGAUGUUGAAGUCUUUUUUGCUCAUGGCUUUUUUUUAUCUAAUUCACUUUUCUUUUUAUAAGCUCCUAUUUAGGUAGUAAAAGCCCCAUUUUACUGACAAGUAGGAGUUAAAACAUAAAGGGGUAAAAACGGUGUGCUUUGCUCUGUUGCCUUCCUGGGUUAUCAAUAAUGCAGCAACUUUCUCUUUCCAGUAGAACUGCUACAUGGUGGUCUUGUGAUGAGGUGUGUGGCAUUGUGAAAGCUUAAGUAGAGCAAAGAAAACCCCUCCUCUCCAGGCAUGUUUGGAGUUUAGGUUGGACUUGAUGAUCUCAAAGGUCUUUUCCAGCCUAGUUCAUUCUGUGAUUCUGUGACUCUGAGUCCAAGGAGUGAGGAGUCAAAGGUUAUGGGUGUUCUGCUCUCGCAGCUGUUCUGGGCAGCAGGGAAUUAACACAAUUCUUUAGUUGUGGCUCUUAGGAGCCUGUUUCUGUAGCCUUAACCUGCCCAGCCAGAGCUUUGUGGAUUAGAGGAAGUGUUGUGCCAGGACACAGGAGGACGUGUGCUGCCCCCUUAUCCUGUGAGGGCACUGCUUUGCACAGCAGCAGGGCAUCCUGGCUCCCAAAGAGUUUCCAGGAGUCUGGGUGUGAUGUCAAGGUGGAACCAUCACUUGGAAAAAACGACAGUGAGGCUUGCAGCAAGUAGCAGACAGUUUGGAUUAAACAGGAUACCACUGCAAAGGGUUUGGCCACCCUGUAAGCCACUGUGCUUACUCCCACAAAGUAUGCAAGUAGUGGGAUUUCUGACUGGGAAAGGUCAGCCCUCCUCUGCUGUUUUGCCUUGUGACAGUGGCAGGUUCUCUCCUUCCACAGCACCCCAGUUGUCCCUUGGGGCAAAGGGCACUGCAUGUGCAAAGGCUGUCUGAAGCCCCAGGAGUUAACCCCUCUGAGAGUCUCCAACCCUUCUUGCUGCCUAAAAUUGUAUUUGGAGUGUGUUUCUUUGCAGCAAGGUAAGGAAAAACCAGCGGAAAACCUCAGGUUUCCAGGAAGAAGUGCCUGUCAGUCUUUGCUGUGGACAGGCUGAGUGUCUCUGAAGCAAUUGGGGCACCAGCAGGCUAGAGGGGAUUGUUUGGGUUUUGAUGUUUCAUAGUAGUGUCCCAGAGCAGGUUCCUUCAGACUUGGAAGUGUUUGAAUGAGGCUUUGCAAUACUGGGGGCUAAGCAAAAUGUUUAUUUUUUUAAGUAUUUUUUUCCACAUUUCCCCGGAGGUCAGGAAUUUGCUAGAUGCAUGGGAAUGAGGCUAUGCUAACUUGGUACAGCAACCCUGGUGGAACACGUUUCACUUCAUCCAGAAUUCAUGUGCUAUGUUCUCACUGCCCAAUGUUCUGCAUCCCUGCCACAGUGAGUUUGACUAAUCUUUGCCUGUGACUCAGAAUGGAGAUGUGUUGGGAACCGCUUUUAUUUUUUUUUUUCCCUUUUGAAAAAUGAAGUGAAAGUUUAUCAAACUAUGGUUAUAUGAGAGCUUGGCCAGUCACAUGAGGAAGUAAAACCUUCCUAUAAAAUGAGUUCUGCCCACUGCACUUAUUUGCUCUCAGUUGACAUCAGCCUUGCCUCUAAAUACGAGCUGAUGACUUCCUUGUGAGCCUGGUAGUGCUCUGAAUCCAGCUUCUGGCUGGAGGAUGGUGGGACAGCACUUCUAGGCCACAGAAAGAACAGCUGCCAGCUGAUGCCUGUGCGACACAGCUGGGAAGACAGCACCAUCAGGUUUAAAGGAACAUAAAUGCCUGCUAAAAUGGCACUGGCCAGUUCAAUUUCUAGCAAAGCAGCACCACCACACUCCAGAAAAGUUUCUGCAGCAGGGGUGGAAGUGCACCAGAGCAAGAUGGAUUUUUUCUGCAAGCUGGGCUAUGGUAAGCAGGACAUCUGCAAAGUGCUGAAGAGCCUGGGCCAAGAGGCCCUGGAGGAUGAUGUGCUGAAGGAGCUGAUUCGGAUGGGGAGCAAACCUCAGGCUCUGGAGAGCCAGGCUCAGCCUUCCCAGCUAAAGCUGGUUGCCCGUGGAUCGUGUGGCACCACAGCAGGGCUGCAGUGGCUUGGAGAUGAUGGAAGUGAUUCUUCUGAUUCCUUGAGACCCAUUGUGAUCGAUGGCAGCAAUGUUGCAAUGAGUCAUGGAAACAAGGAGGUGUUCUCCUGCUGGGGGAUCCAGCUGGCAGUGGAUUGGUUUCGAGAGAGGGGGCACACUUACAUCAAAGUCUUUGUCCCCCUCUGGAGAAAGGAACCCCCUCGACAAGACAGCCCCAUUGCAGAUCAGCACAUUCUUGAGGAGCUGGAAAAGCAAUCUGUCCUGGUCUACACGCCCUCUAGGAAGGUGAAAGGCAAGAGGGUGGUGUGCUAUGAUGAUCGCUACAUAGUGAAAGUUGCUUAUGAGAAGGACGGAGUCAUUGUUUCCAAUGACCACUACCGGGAUCUGCAGAAUGAAAACCCCGAGUGGAAAUGGUUCAUUGAGCAGCGACUACUCAUGUACUCUUUUGUCAGUAACAGGUUCAUGCCUCCCGAUGAUCCAUUAGGCCGGCAUGGACCCACCUUAAGUAACUUCCUCAGCAAAAAGCCAGUGCUUCCUGAGAAGAAAUGGCAGCCUUGUCCUUAUGGUAAAAAAUGCACCUAUGGCAAUAAAUGCAAAUUUUACCAUCCAGAGAGACAACAUCAAGCUCAGCUUUCAGUGGCCGAUGAGCUCAGGGCCAAAACGAAGGUCCCGUUAGCCCCGGGGAAGGAGGAGGAGAGGUGCCGGUGCUCGCCACACGCAGCCAGAGGAGAACCCGCGCCCCGCGAUGCCGCCACGGAAACUCUGCGGGAAGGCAGAGGCGGCUCCGGGCCCUGCUGCUGCCCGGGCCCGUCCCAGGGCAGCUGUUCUGAGCAGACAUUCCGUGCCUGGGCCAGCAGUCCCGGCUCCGAGCUGGGGCCGGAGCAGCGCCUGGCGCAGCCGGAGCCGCUCCUGGAGAGGAUGGCAGCCGUGUCCAUCAGGGAUCGCACCUACGGCUGGUCCCUGUGCUCCGCCGGGGACAGGGGGGCCUUGGACAGCCCUCACCGUGGCGCUGAGCUCAGGCACAGACUGCUGUCCCUCUGUCACCCGCGGGGCUUGGAUCGCACCAGGUGUCCCUGCCAGCACGGAGCGCUCCCGGCCGCGCCAGGCGGGAUGUGCCCGGGGCACGGCUGGGAUCAGGAGCCCCGCGGGACAGCCCCCAGGAGCCGCUCCAUUCCCGGCGGUGCCCAGCACACACAGCCCCUGGAGCCCCACGGAUCAGCCCUUGGGAGCCGCUCCAUUCCCGGCGGUGCCCAGCACACACAGCCCCGGCAUCCCGCUCUGCUGCAGCCCACGGCUCUGGCCCCGGACAGGCUCCCCCUGUACAGGGAGCAGCAGCUGCAGCAGCACCGCUGCUUCCACAGCCAGCCCCCAGCGCAGCCCUUGCAGCCAGAUCCCAGCCAUGGAACGGGCUUAUUCCAGAAAACCCACGCUUACCCCAGUGCCUCUUACCGGGACUACUGGCCCAGCCCAGCUGCAAGGCCACCCUCUGCCCAGCAAAUAAGCAUACACAGGGAGCUGUGCCCCCCUUACCCUUACAGUGUGAUGAGCCAGGUCAUGAUUUUGUACCCCAGUAUCCAGGAUAAGGGGACUGGACCACCUGCCCUGUGAAGACAGGCUCGGGAAGUCGGGGCCGUUCAGCCUGGAAAAGAGAAGAUUCCAUGAAGACCUCAUAGAAACUUUCCAGUAUCUGAAGGGAGCCUACAAGGAAGCUGGAGAGGGACAAUUAAUCAGGAACUCUGGUGAUAGGACACGGGGAUGGCUUCAAACUGAGAGGGGGUAAGUUAUACUAGAUUUUAGGAUGAAAUUCUUAAUUGCGUGGGUGGUGAGACACUAGAACAGGUUGUCAGAGAGGUUGUGGAUGCUCUAUCCCUGGAAGUGUUUAAGGCCAGGUUGAGUGGGGCUCUGAGCAACCUGGUCUAGUGGAAAAUGUCCCUGCCCAUGGCAGCAGGGGUGCUGGAACUGGAUGAUCUUUCAGGUCCCUUCCAACUCAAACAAUUCUGCGAUUCCAUGAUAUUGCCUGCUGGACUUUAAUGGCUCAAAGACACAGAAAAUUCGAGAGCAAACCAUUCCCAAUAAGCACAAGUCCUGGGGCAAGAUGUUAUUCUGAGACUUAACUGUUUUUAGAGGGCAUUAUGGCAAGGAUUAAUGCUGCUCCAGGAAUACAAGUAUAAUCAUCAAGUCAGGGCAAAGGCUGUCAUCCACAGCAGCAGGAUUGCAUUCCAUCUCCCCUGAAAGAGAACAGGAGGGCCCAGGGUUACUGGGCUGUCAGCAUUUGAACCUCACUGUGACUGGAUUCAGGAUGGCACAGGUUUUCAUUAACACCUUGAAACACUAGACAUGUUUUCAGAGUCCUGACCUAUUGAACUGUGCUUCCCAGUCCCCACUAAAGGGCUCUCCCAGCACCAGCCUGUCACUCCCUGCUCAGCCAGCACAGAUGAUUUGCCCUGUUCCCCCAGCACAGGGCUGUGGUCUCUGCUAGAAGGCAGCUUUGGGUCCCUGUCAUUACCUGAUUGUCAGUGAGCUUUCAAAGCUUCUAAAUCAAAGCUGAGAACACACAGAACUGCUAGCAGAGGGCUGGAGGUGCACCAGAGUACCUGAAGGAAGACACAAGUACAUUUCUCAGAAAAGGGACACACACAGCUUAAAUCAAAUCAGGGAAGUAAUCUUCAGUGUAAGUCCUGGUGAGGGCUUGGAUUUGAUAAUUAAAAUCCAGAAGUCCAGAUGAUGCCAAAGAGGGAAAGAAAAAAAAUUUUAAAAGCAAACUUGAGUGUCUCCUGUAUUGAACAAGAAAUCUAUUGUUGACUUAACCCUUAAUUACUAAAUGUGGCCCCAUAAUGCAAUACAGCAAACUAUGUCCUGUUAGGACACGUUUGAUUCUCAGUAAGCUGUAAAGCUGCUAAUCUCUGCAUUAUUCCACUGAAUGCUUCAGGUUAUAAUUCAAAUAGUAAAGUUGAUCCUGAAGACUUUUGGCACUAUACCAAAGUUUAAGUAUGUCAGUAUGACAUGUUUUAAAAAUGCUUUAACACAUUAUAAAAUGUUCAUCUAUAACACUUUGUUCUCAAUAAUGUCUUCUUUAUUUUCUGGGUUUUGCUUAAGUAGUGGGGUCCUUUGUUGUUAUUUUGUUUAGUUUUUGUUUGCUUUUUUUCCCCCCAGUCCUCUUAGAACUGAUGCAUCAACAUUCAGGUGGGAUUUUCAAUCUCUAAGGCCCUGCAGUAUCUCAUUUCUCUGAAAGGCAGUGUUGUUAGUUCCAGACAGGAAUUAAACACAGUCCUCAAUGAGAAGUUAGGAUUCUGUUGGUUUCACGAAGGUAGCAGAAAUUUACUCUUAGUGAUAUCACAUGAUGCGUUUUUUGAAAGUGGUGAGAGUUCCCCUCUGGAAACCACCACCAGCUUUUUUUUUUUUCUUUGCUUUUUUUUUU